UCUUCUUUCUUUUCUCCUCCAAAACUGGUGAGAAAUUCUCGGAGCCACUGUGACGCACACUCGUGGUUUUUUUAAGUCUCCUCCCGAUCUCCUUCUCCGUUUGGGCUUCAAUUUCUUCAACAUUCGAAUUCGCUGUGUGCAAUUUGAUUUACGGAUUUUGAGAAAAUUUGGGAGGGGCCAUGGAGAAGGAGUUGUUGGAGGUGUUUGAUGACGUCACGAAAGCCGCCGACGCCGCGAAAUCGUGCGACGGUGGCGCCGAGGAGAGUCAGUGCCUGGAGGCUCUGGACCGCCUCAAGAAUUUCCCCGUCUCUUAUCAGCUCCUCGUUUCAACCCAAGUUGGGAAGCGUCUUAAGAAUCUGACGAAGCAUCCCAGGAAGAAAAUCCAGAGCUUUGCGCUUGGCCUGAUGGAGGUGUGGAAAAAGAUUGUCAUCGACGAAACAUCGAAAAAUGAUGUGAAGAAUGGCAGGUAUGAGAGGAAAGACUCUCUAAAGCGUGAGGCUUCGAAUCUGAAUAGUCCCAGGGCUGAGAAGGUUCAGAAAUUGGGAGCUGCGAAGGUGGAGAAGGUCCCCAAGGCUGAACAGGGUGAUGCUAAACCAAGCCCUGAGAAAGCAUAUAGUUCGGAAAGUGGGACAACGGAUUGUAAGGUUGAAAAUCAUAAUGUUGUCAAGACUGAGAAAGCUCCCUCAGCGGGUAAUGUCAAGGUUGAACAGGAAACCAGAGAAGUGAAGAAACCUGUUUCUGGUCCCCCAAAGUUGGCAACGAUACCAAAGACUAAUGAUCAAGCAAGGGACAGAAUUAGGGGAUUCCUGCAUGAGGCUUUGUCCAAGGUCUACCAGGAUUCUGUGAAUGAUGGGAGAUUUGUGGAUCUAGUGAAUGCAUGCGAUCCUAUUAGAGUUGCUGUUACAGUGGAGUCUGUGUUGUUUGAGAGCUGGGGUGGUUCCAACGGGUCCCAGAAGGCUAAGUAUCGGUCACUAAUAUUUAACCUGAAGGACCAAAAGAACCCAGAUUUUCGUAGAAAAGUUCUUCUUGGAUAUAUCAAGGCAGAGAGGCUUGUCGACAUGUCCACAACUGAAAUGGCUAGUGAUGAGAGGCAAUCAGAAAAUAAGAAGUUCGAAGAAAAGGCACUGUUUGAAUGUGAGGUUGGAGGUCCACCAAAAGCCACAACUGAUCAAUUCAAAUGUGGUCGAUGUGGGAAACGCAAGACCACCUACUACCAGAUGCAGACUCGGAGUGCUGAUGAACCUAUGACAACAUAUGUAACAUGUGUAAACUGCGAUAACCGUUGGAAGUUCUGUUAGAGUGAGUACUGUAGGAGCUCUGGCCAUUUUGUUGCCAAAUCGACUUUGUAAGUUAAGAGUCUUUAGCUUCUCUCUCACUCUGGUUGUGCAAUAGCAUUUAGGGCAGUCUAUAAUGGGAUGGUUCCCAUUUCAGUAUUGCCAUAUGUAGGAUUUUUUAAAUCCUUGUUUUAUUAUUCUUCUAGUCUUAGUUAACCAUAAUUUGUUUGGGCAAGGUUAAUGAAUUGUUGAACCGUUUAUUUCAUAUUUUAUUGGCAUAUGUUU